GACUCUGCCCCAUCCUGGUACUUACAGGCGCUCCCUCCUGGAAGCCACAAUGGAUUUCACACGCAGAAGCUUCCACAGGAGCCUGAGCUCCUCCUCGCAGACCUCCGCGGUCAGCGUGUACAGGAAGGGGGGCAUGAUCGUGGGGGUUGCACCCAGCGUCCACGGAGGGGCUGGGGGCCACGGCACCCGCAUCUCGACCAGCAGACAAAUGCUGAGCUAUGGCAGGGAUCUCGACAGAGGGGACCUGCUUUUGGGCAACGAGAAGACAACCAUGAGAAACCUAAAUGACCGCCUGGCAAGCUACCUGGCAAAAGUGCGGUCCCUGGAACAGUCCAACGCCGAGCUCGAGAUGCAGAUCAAGCAGUGGUACGAAACCCACGCGCCCGGCACCUUUCGGGACUACAGCGCGUACUACAGACAAAUUGAGGAGCUUCAAGCUCAGAUUAAAGACGCCCAGCUGCAGAGAGCGCAAUGGGUCCUGAAGAUUGAUAACGCUAAGCUGACUGCUGAGGACUUCAGGCUGAAGUAUGAGGCUGAAAGGGGGCUGUGCAUCGCCGUGGAGGCUGACGUCCAGGGCCUACACAAGGUCGCUGAUGACCUGACCCUGCAGAAAACAGACUUGGAGAUGCAAGUGGAAGAACUGAGCAAAGACCUGGCUCUCCUCAAAAAGGAACAUCAGGAGGAAGUGGGCAUCCUACGCACACAGCUGGGCAAAACUGUCAAUGUGGAGCUAAAGGCCACUCCAGGCCUGAAUCUCAGUGUCAUCAUGGAUGAAAUGAGGAAGAAAUAUGAAGCCUUGGCCCAAGAGAACCUUAAGAAGGCCAAAGAAGAGUUUGAGUUACAGAUUGAAACUCUGCAGCAACAAGUCACAGUGGACACCCAAGAGUUAAAAAGAGCUGAAGCCCAAGUCAAGGAGCUGAGACAUGUCUACCAGAGCCUGGAGAUAGACCUCAAGUCCUGCCUCAGUCUGAAAGAAUCUCUGGAGAGGACACUGCAAGACACCAACGCUCGUUAUCAGAGCCAGCUGGCCACUCUCCAGGGGCUGCUCAACUCCUUAGAGGCCCAGCUGGUGGAGAUCCGGGCUGAAGCGACGCGCCAGAACAUAGACUACGCCGAUCUCCUGGACAUAAAGACCCGGCUUGAGCAGGAAAUCGCUACUUACCGUUACCUUCUGGAAGGAGAAGAUAUGAUAACCAUACAUCCUCAAGAGAACAUCCAGUUGGACACAGUAGAGAUAAAGAAAGCCAGGAAGGUUAGGACAGUUGUGGAAGAAAUAGUGAAUGGCCAGGUCGUGUCAUCUGAAGUCAAAGAGAUGGAAGAAAAGAUGUGAACACCUGCCAGGAGGAGGCGCUGCUGAGGUCUUGAAAAAAGUAUCGCUGUAAUUUUUGCUCCUUACAAGAAGGUCGCCACCAGGAAGCACCACUAAUGCUUUCUAUGAUUUCUAGGGGGUGGGGCAUUUAUCAGUCUCUGUAAUUGGACAUAAAUGUGUUACUCAAAGGAGCGGCAAAUUCCCUGCAAAAAUGAAAUCCAAUGAGCAUUAAGAUGUUUAAAACAUCACCGCUGCCAUCUUUACCACAAGACAGAUUAAUUACAAGCUACAGACCACCUAAUAUCAGUUCAUUAAUGUUCCUGAAAAUCACAGCACACUUCAAUUAAGCUAAACUCAUGGAGCAGAGAGUCUAUGCAAAUAAAUCUCUCCCUCUCUCUCUCAUUUUUCCUGUUUCUGAAUUGCAAAAUCUCCAUUCUGGGGCUCCUACAUUUUUGCCUAAGGUAAUUUCUUGGUUAAUUUCAUAAAAUUUUCAAUAUCAGUACAAUCCUGCUAGCUUUGAAUGAUAUCUUCUUCUUUCCCAUUGUCUCCGCUGCCUUUUAAAAAACUCAUUUCAGCUUCUUGAAUAAUUUAAAAGUCAAACUCCAAUCAUAAAUGCUGAGCAGAAUAAGAGAGGAGCACAUUAUGCGUGAAGUGGGAGUAGAUUAAAAGCAAAAUUAAUUAGUGAAACCCUUCUGAAAGAAGAAUGCUUCUCCUAAUGAUAAUAAACGGCAUAAAUCAUC